GAUUGCAGCGGAUGCGGCGGGAGCUGAACAACCGCAGGAAAAUCCUGGUGAAAAACCUGCCCCAAGACAGCAACUGCCAGGAAGUUCAUGAUUUGUUACAAGACUAUGAGUUAAAGUAUUGUUAUGUGGACAGAAAUAAACGAACAGCUUUUGUUACAUUAUUGAAUGGGGAGCAAGCCCAGAAUGCAAUUCAGAUGUUUCAUCGCUAUUCUUUUAGAGGAAAAGAUUUAGUAGUUCAGCUCCAGCCUACUGACGCUUUGCUGUGUAUUACCAACCUGCCCAUUUCUUUUACGUUGGAGGAGUUUGAAGAACUUGUUCGUGCGUAUGGAAAUAUUGAAAGAUGUUUUUUGGUCUACAGUGAAGUUACUGGCCAUUCCAAAGGCUAUGGGUUUGUAGAAUACAUGAAAAAGGACUUUGCUGCAAAGGCUAGACUGGAGCUAUUGGGUAAACAGCUAGGCACAUCCGCUCUCUUUGCCCAGUGGAUGGAUGUUAAUCUCUUGGCCUCAGAGCUCAUUCACUCUAAGUGCCUUUGCAUAGAUAAACUCCCUAGUGACUGCAGGGAUUCACAGGAGCUCUUGCACUUGUUUUCCAGUGUCCAUAAACCUGUGUUUUGCCAGCUUGCACAGGAUGAAGGCAGUUACGUUGGUGGCUUUGCAGUAGUUGAAUAUAACACAGCAGAACACGCUGAGGAGGUUCAGCAAGCAGCCGAUGGCAUGACCAUUAAGGGAAGCAGAGUCCAAGUUUCCUUCUGUGCCCCAGGAGCACCAGGAAGAAGCACAUUAGCAGCACUGAUAGCAGCUCAACGCGUGAUGCACAGUAAUCAAAAGGGCUUACUUCCAGAGCCAAAUCCAGUACAAAUUAUGAAAAGUUUAAACAACCCUGCCAUGCUGCAAGUUCUUCUGCAACCCCAGCUAUGCGGACGAGCUGUUAAACCAGCAGUUCUUGGAACACCUCACAGCUUGCCACAUCUGAUGAAUCCAUCCAUCUCCCCCGCAUUUUUACAUUUGAAUAGAGCACACCAGAAUCUUUCUCAUGUACCAUUGGCACAACAGCAAUUAAUGAAGUUUGAAAAUAUCCAAACUAAUAAUAAACCUGGCUUACUUGGAGAACCCCCAGCUAUGGUACUUCAAACUGCACUAGGACUAGGGUCAGCCCUUCCAUUGAAAACAGAGUUGGGACCCCAUGGAGAUGCACAGAAAACAUCUAAUGUGAUUCCAGGUCAAACAGCUGGAAUGGGCAUAUUACCAUUCUUUCCGAAUCAGCUCCUUGUUGGACAAGCUGGACCAGGGCACAGUAAUACUCAGGAGAAACCGCCAGUCACAGUGGGAAUGGCAGAAGGAACUUUCUCAGGGUCGCAAGCUUAUCUUCAGAGCUUUCCAAAUCUUACAACUGGAAACUUGCUGACAGGACAUCAUAAGCAGCAGCAAACUCAACCAAAAGGCACUGAAGUAAGUUCAGGGGCUCCCUCUAAAAAUCAGACUUCACUCUUAGGAGAACCGCCAAAAGAAAUUCGGCUCAGUAAAAAUCCAUACUUGAACCUGGCGAGUGUACUGCCCAGUGUGUGCUUGUCGUCCUCUGCAAGUAAAACCACUCUGCAGAAGACAGGAAUUGCAAGCAACAUUCUGGAUGCAAUCUCUCAGGGAAGUGAACCACAACGUGCAUUGGAAACGUGCAUUGUUUAUUCUCAGCCUUUUGGUGACUAUACACAGGGAUCAUCUUUAAGAAAUGAAAAGCGAGGCUCGUCGUACCUUCUCUCGGCCCCAGACAGUGGUUCUGUGGAGAUUGUGGACCAACAGUCUGAGGGCACAGCCGCAUACUACGUGGAAACCUACUUAAAGAAGAAACGAGUGUACUGAGUAAAGCUCUCCUUGUAACCUCGUAGGUCCUUGCAGUACCUCUGCUGUUCAUUGCUGCCUUAACUUCAUUCAAACUAGCCAUAUCCUUUCAAUACGGGUUUAUAAUCUCCCACAAGGAUCUGUGUUGUGCAGCAGGCAGAACUGCCAAAUGAAAGAUACAUAGCAAUAAGAAGAGACACUCAUUGAGAACAUUUUCCACUAGAAUUAGAUGCAUUUUAAUGUGGUAUUCACUGACAGUCCACUGAAGAAAUUAACAGUGUUUCAAUAGUCCUUAUUUAAGGACUGGGAAUAGUUGACACCAUAUAUAAAGUUUGAAGCAAUAAACAGGAAACGGUUUUGUUUCCUGAGCCUUAGAAACAGGAGUUUCUGAUAAGCCAAUGUGCAUUUCAAAUUGCUUUCCCUAGAAGUCAUCUCGUCUAUAGAUUUAGAACUUUUCCUAGAAUUGCAGAAGUGCAAGUACCAAAUGCAGUGACGGUGAUGUCAUAAAGAUGCUCUACGUACAACUGAGUAUCACCCACACUCCAGCCAGGCAAUUUAAAACCUGAGUUGACAAUCGUGACAUCCAAGGUGCACACCCCU